ACAAGUCACCCAAUUAACGGGACAAAAAGUUUUGAUCUUGGUCGUGCCUAAUCAAGCCCAUUGUCAAAGCUUUCGAUCUGUUCUAGGAAAAAUCAGAACUUUUAUACUGUCAAUGCAAAUUUUCGUGAUUUGAUAUAUUUGAUCUUUUCGUAUGAAAUAAGCUAAUUUGAAAUAUUUGAUCUCUUCCGGCAUGGAUGAGGCUCACGAAAUCCUGCUGAGCUCUCUGAAGAGUUCUGGCGUAUCUCUUCCCGUCGGUGUUUCCUCGAUCAAGGAUAUAUCCUCUAUUGGUCUCGUCUCCCUCUGCGCUCAAUCCCUCCGCUUGAUUCUCGAUUCUGAACCCUCCUCCUUUCCCACUUCGCUUCCAGCUGCAACAUCUGAACGCUUCCGGAUUUGCGCUGAACUCGCCACGGCGAUCAAAUCCCUCGGCUACAGAGAGGAGCUCGGCUUCCACCAGUUUCUGUACCCUUCCGAUGAAGAGUCAUAUAAGUUGGUGAGAUUUCUGGUGGAGAGGCUAUCUAAAGUGCCUUCUGAAGACAAAAUAGUUUGCAUGACCGGGCAAGGACAGACGAUCGGAAAUAUUUCAGAAUCUGAGACUCCAAGCUCCAAUGAUAAAAAGAACGUAUGCCAAGAGGGAACUUCCCAAGGUCCAUCUGAAGUUUUAUUCAUGAACCCGAAAGAAAUUGUUCUUUCCGACGAGAGCAUGCUUCCCAGAAAUAUUCCUGAACACUUACUAGAAGAAGAAAGAAUGAAGCUUGAGCAGACAUUUAACUCUGAGCAACCGGAAGAAAAAGAAAAGCUUAUCCAGUUGAAAGAAAUUGAGCAAGAAAUAGAAGCCACAUUGGCUGAAAUUUCGAAGCGAGAGGCAGAACAUCUGGAUCUUCUUAUAGAGCUUGAGCAGCAGCCCAAACUUCCUUUCAGAAAAUCAUACGUCGAUCGCAUAACUGAGAUUACAAAGAACAGCCGGAAACUCGAUGCUGAUGUCAUACAAAUCUUGAAGGAGACACGGGAGCUUCAACUAGAGAGUAACUCAAUACAAGAACGACUUAAUAGGACAUAUGCAGUAGUUGAAGAAAUUGUCUUCAGGGAAGCAAAGAAAGAUGCAGUGGGUCGGCAAGCCUAUCGGCUCCUCACCAGCAUUCAUGACAACUUCCUACAGAUAGCAGACACAAUUCUCGCCACUGAUAGGGCUCAAAGAGAAGCAGCAUGUCUGGAGCAAAAGAUCGCAGCUUUCUCCUCCCGUUACCUUGACAUUGCCAAACUCCAAGCUGAUUUGGACUCCAUUAGAAAGGAAAAUAAAUUGUUAGAGCAGAAAUGCCAUAAAUAUUUACCUAUAUCAUAGAUU